GUAGCCAGCCCCGAAGGAGAUCUGCAAAGUGGAAAAGCAUCAGUUUUCUCUGCGAUCGGAAUCAAAAUACCGCGAUCGUCGAGGUCGGAUUCACCGGCAGGAAACGGGAGCAGUGGAUCGAGAGGAAGAAGGGCCGAGAGGGAAGGGAGAGCCGUACCGUGACAGUGGCAACGACCAGGAUCAAUGACUUGAUAUCAGAGAGUAGCGACAGACAUUUUCUCUGUCUCUCUCUCUCUCUCUCUCGCUCUCUUGCGCGAGGGACGUGAGGUCGAGGAAGAACGCUGGCCCACGAUGGCGACGAAGCCGAUACCAAAGCCACGCUCGCUCGUAGCCGAUAACAGACCGAUACCGGCGCCCCGGAGAAUUCCACCGACCUUGCCACCAGCACGAUCCAGCAGUCCCACGAGUGAGUCCAGUCAGUCAGAGAAGAGCGAUGACUUGCGGUCGAUCGGCAUCAACGACAGCCAACGCGGCGGCAACCACGAGUUCUUCCGCAGCCUCAGCACGAGCUCGCGCCAGCUGAAGGACGAGAUCUCGGAGAAGAUGACGGUAAAGGGACGCGCCAUGAUCUCCAGCACACGGAACGCCAGCAUCCGGCUGGAAAAGUCGGUGAAGAACCUGCUGACCCGGCGGUUGUCGUCCUUGAACCAGGACGACGUCAGCCAGGCCUGCGCGAAGAAGCUCAAGGACCCGAUCGAGGAAGACAGAUGCGUGUCUAUGCCAACCAACGACAUCUUCAGCAGCAUCUCGUUCUACAGCCCGCUUAGCGGCAACCUCAGGAGCGUGAAGAACGAGGAGGACCUGUCCUGCGCCAGGCACAGUCCGCCGCCCCCGGUUUAUCCACCACCCCCGCUUCCGGACGAGUCUAUCUACGACGAGCUGCAGUCAGUCAUAUCAGGCAGCAGCGGCCGAUACGACACUCUCAGCUCGACGGUGUCCGACAAAGUCGAGCGCGACUUCCCGGAGUCGUUCAACCUCCUCAGCUUGGCGCGCAGUCAGGAUAGCGACGAUUCCGACCAAAGCUUAAACUUGUCCGACGUCAACGUUAGUCUGUCGCAAGACAACAAGUCCGAGACGUCCAAGAGGCUAUCGCGUUCGGAUUCUUGGACUUUCUAUGACGCCACGCCUAGCGCGAAGCCCGAGACCAUCGACGAGGUCGAUAAGGUGUCCAGGGUGGAAGAGGAGAGCGUGGAGAAGUCCUGCGAGAAAGUGUCGACGAUAGACCGGACUUCUUACGCAUCCAACGAAAGCCAGGCUUCCAUCCAGAAUUCCCUCUACGAGAACUUGCCGCCGCCGAAGAUCGACAGCUGGCAAACGUCUGUAAUUAGUCCCUCGGAUACCAGGCAACAGAGCAGCAAGUCCCUACUCUUCGAGUUUGAUCCGUUCGCGAGAACCGCCGACGAGAAUGUCUACAGCAAUUACGAGAACAACGACCUGAUGCUGUUGGAGGCACUCUUGGCUACCAACGACUCGCCCAGUAGAGCGAGCAGCACCAUGGAGCUUCGCGAGGGCAUCGACAUCGAGGAAGAGCACGAGGACGAGGAGCUGGCGCAUCCCGGCAUCAGUUCGACCCCUCCGGAGCCGCCCAAGAGGUUCGACUCUCUUCCUAAAAACGAGUACGACGAGGUGGAAGGUGUGGAGCAACCCGACAAGGUCAUCUCCGGCAAGAACCCGCCUCUCUUGCCAAAGUUGGCGCACUUGGUGACGAAGAAGCAGCCUGCGGUGCCUCCCAGAAAGCCUACCCUGAAGAAUCCCGCGGAUAAUCCGUCCCUGACGUCCCCCAAACCGGCUGUGAGCGCGACGACGAUGGCGUCGGCAACGACGACACCUGCCAACAACGUCGAGGGGAACGUUACCAGCUCGUCGUCCGGCUCCAGGGUCGCCGAGGAUCACCGUAGGGUCGGCAUGAUACAGAAACUCAGGAAACUGCGCCAGGAGUCGACGGUGCACGCUAUCAAACCCAAUGUGAUCAGUUUCGUGAAGACCGGCAGUAAAUUCUUGUCCAGGACUCGUGAACAUAUCAGUGAGUCAGCUCCGAGGUCGCCACGAAUGGAGAGGCCAAAGAUCAACGUUCCGCACAAUCAGGUCACACACCGAGGAAUGGUGUAUAGAUCCGGUGUGGGCAUCGAGAGGGCCAAGGACCUUGUGGUGCGAGCGGCGGUGCUGAUCGACCAGAAAUUAUCCUUCUACACGGACAAGAGCAUGUCUACGCUGAAGGAGAGCGUGGAGCUGGAGACAGUGCAUAGUAUUCAUCUGCUGCAGGACGUCAAGACCGUGGACGGCGAGACGGUGCAUUGCAUAGCGAUUAGCGGCGAGGGCAGACCGAGCGUGCACAUUUUCUACGCAAAAGGCGUCUCCGAGAGGCGAAUCUGGGCCCAGAGAAUUCUCGAGGCCACCACGCCGGUCUUCCCCACGAGGUACACCGCCGAACUCACCAAGGCAGGUUGGGCUUACCUGAAGGAAGGUGUAACAGGCACGUGGUUCGCGGCUUGGCUACUGCUGCAACAAAGGACUCUGAUCUACACAAAAUCCUCCGAUCCUACGUUCGCCGUGAACUUCGAGCAAGUAGAUCUACGGAAAGCCCGUUGCAUCGUGCUGCGGGACCAGGAAGGACCGAUCAACGGAUGCGGAUUCGUUCCCGUGGUAGUCGUCGACGCAGGAGGCAGCGGCGCUCUGCACAUCGCCACGCCGGCGGCGCGCGAGGCAUCGGCUUGGCGGCAUGCGCUUUACCAGGCCGCCACGAAUUGCGGGCCCGCCUUGGAGCAGCAGCAGAUCACGCAGGACAACGUGCCGGUCAUCCUGGACAAAUGCGUCAACUUCAUCUAUGCGCACGGCAUGAUGUCAGAGGGCAUUUAUCGGCGCAGCGGAUCGAGCAGUGCCGUGGUGAAGCUGCUGGAGGCUUUCAGGAAGGACGCGUGGGCCACGCAGAUCACGCGGAAUUCCUACACGGAGCACGAUGUUGCCACGGUGCUGCGGAGAUUCCUGCGCGAUUUGCCGGAUCCGUUGUUUCCGGCUAAUAUCCACGAUCGGCUCUGUCUCGCCGCAGAAUCAACCAGCGAGGAGAACCGAGUGGCGACUUACCGAAAAUUGUUGUCCGUCCUGAAUCCCGUGACGUCGGCGACGCUGAGGCGGAUCCUGGCGCACCUGCACGGCCUCAGUCAGCAAAGCGCCAGGAACCUCAUGACCGUGGAGAACCUGUCCGCGGUAUGGGGUCCCACGUUGAUGCACGCGGGCGAGAACAGCGCCGAGGAGUGGAACCGCGCCGAGACCAAGGUGGUCGGCGACCUCAUCAGGCUGUACCCGAAGCUCUAUCAGCUGUCGUCGGCCGAGUUGGCCAAAGAGGCGAAGAUGUUGGAAGUUCUUGAGAAGCACCACGUGUCCAACAACGGCCCGCGAGCCGCGCCAUCGGGGGAUCUGAAGAUCUGGAUACAUAUCUUGUCGCCGAAUGAAAAAUGCGUGAACGUCACUAUCGGACCUCAGAAGACCGCUUUCGACGUAUGCCGGGAACUUGCCGAGAAAGCCAACUUACCAGCUCAUGAAUUGUGCCUGGAGGAGUGCACGCUGUCCGGCGCGCUAGAGCGGCCAUUGCAUCACAACGAGCGCGUCCUAGAGACAGUGGCGAGGUGGGGAUACUGGGAGUCGGAUGACAGGAAGGACAACGUUCUGAUCCUCAAGAAGGACCGGUUGUAUAAGGACAUCGUGCUGCUGGUGAAGCCGCCUAUGACGAUCUCAGGGGAACUCAAGUUCGCUGAUACCCGGACAAAGAACUUGAAGACAUACCUCUUCGAGUUCAGUCAGGCGAAGUUGUGUUGCUACAAGGACAAAGUGUGCUCGGUGAAGCUGCACGAAUGGAAGAUAGAGGAUAUCAUUUGGUACUUGGGACAUGAACCGAAGCGCAAUCCACAGAUGGGCUGGUCCAUCACCUUCAUAAUGAAGAACAAGAAACCGACUAGAUGCAAGGACAGCCCGUAUUUCGGCAACACUUUGGCGGGCACAUCUAAGGACGAGCAAUACAGGUGGUUGGCAGCCAUGCUCUUUGGCGAAUAUCAAAUGAAUCUUCGUCCAUCCGCGGUGAACCUCAUGGAUCCAUGACUGAUUAUUCUGUUAUUACAAGUCACUUAGUGUUUUCAAAGUGAUCAGGU